AUGCCUGCACCAUUUGUAAUAUAUGCCGACUUUGAGUCUAUACUGGUUCCUGAAGAGAGGAAAGUUGAUCCUGAGAGCUCUGAGGAGAAGAGUACUACGGACCUCUACCAGACCCACAAGGCUUGUAGUUUUGGGCUUAAAACUGUGUGCCAUUACGAUGAUCAGUACUCCGGUGAAUAUAUAAGUUACGUUGGUGAGGACGCCACGAAUGUCUUUCUGAAGACAGUAUUGAAGGAGUCUAUUAAGUGCCGGGAAAUGGUAAACAAAAUAUUCAAGAAAAAGAUGGUAAUUACACCAGAGCAAGAAGCUGAGUUCUGGAUGACAAGAAACUGCUCCAUAUGUGGUAAUGACUUAGGUGAUGAUAGAGUGAGAGAUCACGAUCACGUAACUGGAAUGUAUCGUGGAGCUGCCCAUAAUAUGUGUAAUCUAAAGUAUAGAAUCACAUGGAAAGUUCCGGUGGUUUUCAACAACCUAAGAGGUUACGAUAGCCAUCUGAUAAUGCAGGAGAUUGGAAAGCUCAAGAUGAACAUCAACGUUGUCCCAAAUAAUAUGGAAAAAUAUAUUUCCUUCUCACUAGGUAAAAGCCUUGUGUUCAUUGACUCAAUACAGUUCACGGCUUCUUCUUUGGAAGCACUUGUGAGUAACCUUUCACCUGAAGACUUCAGGAUAGUUGGUAAGAGGUGGACUGGUGAGGACUUCAAACUUGUGACACAAAAAGGUAUAUUUCCAUAUGAAUAUUUGGAUGACAUUAGUAAACUUAAUGUUGAGGGUCUUCCAAGCAGAGACAAAUUCUACUCAUCUCUAUAUGAGUCGGAGGUGAAAGAAGAAGAUUACCAAAGGGCGCUAAAAGUAUGGGAUCACUUUAAGAUGAAAACCAUGAGAGACUACCACGAUCUCUACCUGGAAACUGACGUUCUUCUUCUAGCAGAUGUCUUCGAAAACUUCAGGAGAACUUGCUUGGAAAAUUACAAGCUUGACCCUGCACACUACAUAUCAGCACCUAGUCUAAGUUGGGACGCCUUCCUGAAACAGUCAGGUGAGGAGAUAGAAUUGGUAAGUGAUAUGGACAUGUUUCAGUUCUUCGAGAAGGGAAUGAGAGGUGGCAUAAGUCAUAUUGCUCACAGAAAGGCUACAGCCAAUAAUAAGUAUAUGGAAACGUAUAAUGAAGAUCUUGAAAACAAGUUCCUUAUGUACCUCGAUGCCAACAAUUUAUAUGGUUGGGCGAUGUCUCAGCCGCUGCCUAACGGUGAAUUUGAGUGGGUCGAGAAUUUCGACGCGGCAAACCUAGAUGACUAUCUUGGAGACAACGGAAGGGGUAUGGUUUUAGAGGUUGACAUGGAAUACCCAAAGGAACUUCACAAUCUACACAACGGUUAUCCGCUAGCACCGGAGAGUAAGGAGAUCGGUGCCUCGAUGUUGUCAGACUACGCAAAGGAUAUUGCCGACAAAUUCCAGCUGACAAUUGGAGGAGUAAGAAAACUGGUGAACUCCUUAGGUCCCAGGAAAAACUACGUCUUACACGCCCGUAAUCUGAAACUCUACACAGAACUCGGAAUGAAACUUACGAAGGUCCACAGAGCCGUCUCAUUCAAACAGUCCCCUUGGCUUAAAAACUAUAUCGACUUCAAUACAAAGAAACGGUCAGUUGCACGUAAUACUUUUGAAAAGAACUUCUUCAAAUUAAUGAACAACUCAAUCUAUGGAAAGACCAUGGAGAAUCUAAGGAAGAGAGUUGACGUGAAAUUAGUGUCAUCAGAAAAUGACCUCCUAAAACUUACAGCGUCGCCGUGCUUCCAGUCGCAUAGAAUUAUGA